UUAUGAGAUCUCGAAAAGUAACUAUAGUUGGGCAAACAUUUUCGCUUAGAACGCACUUAGUUAAUAACGCUAAAAUGGACCUGAAAUCUAGAAUGAUGGAAAUGAAAACCACUUACGAUCCCGUGGAAAAGGAAUGGAGGGGUCCGGAAAAGAAAAGACUAUUCAAUGAUGAAAUGUCGGUGGGAGAAGUGGCUCUGUAUAUAAUGCGUGGUAAAAAUCCUGAGGAUAUUAUGCAGAUAUCUGAUACUGAAGGUUCCAGCAUGACCUAUGGUGAGGCUUUAACUUCGGCCAUACGUAUAGCUCAACAUUUUAAGAAAAUGCAAUUGACUGCUGAUGAUGUGGUGGGCAUAUUUGCUCCCAAUACUCUUUAUGUGACUCCAGUAGCCCUGGCCGCUUGGUUUAAUGGCACUCCUUUUCAGGCCACAAAUUAUACUUUUGAAACAAGUGUGAUUGAACACAUUUAUGGGUUUAUCCGGCCCAAGGUAAUAUUUUGCGAUGGCCAGUUUUACGAAAAGGUGAAAACAGCUUCGGAAUCUUUUAAGCCCUUGAUAUAUACUUUGUGUAAUCAUUUGGAUAAUGUGCCUAAAGUGGAGGAUCUAUUAGAGCCCACCGUUUCGGAACAUUUUUAUUUGGCCCAACCUUUGACUUAUGGUCCCUCCCAAACUAUGGCCAUUAUGGUUUCGUCUGGUACCACUGGUUUACCAAAAGGUGUGUGUGUUUCUAAUAAAACCUGUGUAGCGGAUUUUGGUUUCUCCAAUGGUUCAUCUACCAUAUUUUCCACCAGUACCAUAGAUUGGUCCACCGGUCUAUUUACCUUUAUUGCCAAUGUUCUAGUGGGUGGCAGAAGAAUUUUAACCACUAAAACUUUAACCCCCGAGUAUUUACUCGAACUUAUUGUUAAAUAUAAAAUCAACUUUUUGGCCACCAACCCAGAAAUAAUGCUGCAAUUAAGCCUUUUACCCAAUUACUCGCCCCAGACCAUGCAAAGUAUACGUUUGAUUUUUAUGACUGGCGCUUUUUGUUCGGAAGCUACUCUGAAACGUAUACGUUCUGCCUUAAGCAUGGGUGUUUUGGUGUAUGUCUAUGGCAGCACUGAAUUUGGUGGUAUUGUGGGUAAUUUAGCCGAUUAUAAAGCUAAAUCGGUAGGUAAAGUUAUACACAAUGUUAAGGUGAAGAUUAUAGAUCGUGCGACAGGGGAACGUUUGGGUCCCAAUCAAAUUGGUGAAAUAUGUGCCAGUCAUGGUAGUCGUUGGUUGGGUUAUUAUAAAAAUCCUGAGGCCUCAGAGAACAUGAUUGAUUCGGAAGAUUUUAUUCAUACCGGCGAUUUGGGUUAUAUGGAUGAUGAGCAUUAUUUGUUUUUAACCGGUCGCUGUAAAGAUAUUAUGAAAUUUAAGGGUUUUCAAUAUUCUCCUCAAGUAAUUGAGGAUUUUAUUUUAGAAAUUCCCGAUGUUAUAGAUGCGUGUGUAUUUGGUGUAUUCGAUGAAUUGAAAUAUGAUGUUCCGGCAGCAGCGGUAGUCAAGUGUGAAGGCAGUUCUUUGACUGCGGAAGAGAUAAUGGAAUAUGUACGCAAUAAAUCGGAGGUGCCACACAAACAAAUACAUUAUGGUGUGUUCUUUGUCAAGGAAUUACCCCGUAAUCAUAAUGGCAAAUUGUUAAGAAAUAAAAUUAAAGAUAUAUGUUUGGCCCUGGAGAAGGAGGGUAAGGGAAAGUAGAUGUUAUUGUGAAAACCAAUAAAAGCAACAAAUUGAAAUGUAAAAUCUGUAUAAAAUAAAAUCAAUUUUUUAUA